AUGCCUUUAAUUUUUGGAUCGGUCCCUAUCUUGGCUGCGGUGGCCAUUCAACUCCUUAUAUCCAGUGUUUCGUCCCUCAACAUUACCAAUGAGUAUCUCCACCACGCAUGCAACAACACCCAAGGGAAAUACGUGCCAGGGGGUGUGUUCGAAAAAAAUCUCAACAUUGUCCUCAAAAACAUAUCCACCUUUGAUCUGCGCAACGGUUACGCCCUUGAGUCCAAUAUGGAUAGACCCUACAAAUUUAUACCUCCUGCCGCCGUCUUCGUCAUGCUCCAGUGUCGUGGCGACUCCUACGGGCCUAAGUGUCACUCUUGCCUCGCCAAAGCCCUCUCUGGGCUUCGCAAGAAAUGUCCGAGAAACAGAGCAGCAAUAUGGUACGACCAAUGCACUCUGGAUAUUGCUACAUACAAUUCCGGUGACACCAGAAUCCUUUACGAUAAUUAUUUAUGUAUGGAGAACCCAAAGGACCUGAGCGGAGAUACGGAGAUGUUCGAUAAGAAGAAGAACGGGAAGAGGCCAGUUUACUUUUCACAAGAGAGACAGAGCCCAUCUUCACCUUUGAACUUUACAAAGAAACAAACAGAAGAAAAGCCAGUGCAGGAGCAUAGGAACAACGAUAUAUCUAGCCGUCGUACACAAAGUAACAUACUCGAUUUGACGUCCACUGACGGAGGAGGAAGGCCAGGACUAUUCGGUGAAGACAAGACAAUACAUAGAGACACUUCUGAUGUAUGCAACAAUCAUUUUGAUGAAAUUUUUCUAAAUCAAGAUGGGAACAGUGGGAACGUUGUGGGGAGAAGGGUAAUCGCUACAAACAUGGAAUCCAAGAACUUGCCAAUCUAUGGAAACCAGACCUCAGUGGUUAGUGUUGACCUAUGGAAGCAAAUAAUGCAAGAUAAUGAUCGUUUGAUGGCUGGAACCUCAUCUGGGAAUCUGAUCUCCUUGGAAGAAGGCAUUGCAGAUGACACCCCAAAUCAGGAAAGAAGACUUAGUAAGACACCUUCUGAUAUUAUUCAAGAACCUGUAAAUGAAGCUGCCAGGACAAGGAAUUUGGAAGUUUCAGGGGUGCUGUUAAAUAAGAGAGCGGACUCUGAUGUGGAUUUCUUGUUCAACAUCUCUUCGGAAUCAGCAAAGAGAGAAAUUGUUCAUGAGACAGGGCGCUUAGAACUUGAUCCAACACAAAAGAAUAGAGUACAAAGGGAAAGUGGUUCCGGCCAUGUGAGAAUCCAGAGCAUGGAUUUGAAUCAGCCAGUGCCAGAGACAACAAAUGAAACUUACAAGUUGAAUAUCCCAUCUGUCCAAAGGCAAGAUUCACUCACAACCACUCCACACACAAGGUUGGACAGCAGUGAUGAUACUCUCUUCCUCUCUGAGGACGCUGAAGCUAAUGUUGACGAGAAAAACAACAAUUUUAAUGACACACUCAUAGUUGAAAUAAAAGCCAGUGUGUAUGGCUUGCAGAUGAUAAAGAACGCUGAUCUUGAAGACCUAACAGAACUUGGAUCGGGGACGUAUGGAACUGUCUUCCAUGGGAAAUGGCGAGGAACUGAUGUCGCAAUAAAGAGAAUAAGGAAAAGCUGCUUUGGAGGAAGAUCAUCAGAACGUGAACGCUUGACCAAAGAUUUCUGGAGGGAAGCACAGAUACUCUCAAAUCUUCAUCACCCAAAUGUUGUUGCAUUCUAUGGUAUAGUCCCUGAUGGAGCUGGAGGAACAUUAGCGACUGUUACUGAGUUCAUGGUGAAUGGGUCACUAAGGCAUGCUCUUGUCAAGAGAGACAGGUUGCUCGACGCUCGGAAAAAGAUAAUAAUAGCAAUGGAUGCUGCUUUUGGCAUGGAGUAUUUGCACUUGAAGAACAUUGUCCACUUUGAUCUCAAAUGUGAGAACUUGCUCGUCAAUCUAAGGGAUCCACAACGGCCUAUAUGCAAGGUGGGAGAUCUUGGCUUAUCUAGAAUCAAACGUAACACUUUGGUAUCUGGGGGAGUGAGAGGAACACUUCCAUGGAUGGCACCAGAACUCUUGAACGGAAGCAGCACCCGGGUUUCAGAGAAAGUUGAUGUAUUUUCAUAUGGGAUCUGCCUAUGGGAGAUUCUAACAGGAGAGGAGCCCUAUGCAGAUAUGCAUUGCGGAGCAAUCAUUGGUGGGAUAGUGAAGAACACGCUUCGGCCUCCCAUACCGAAAACAUGUUCUGCGGAAUGGAAAAAGCUGAUGGAACAAUGCUGGGACAUAGACCCGGAUGCUCGUCCCGCCUUCACCGAGAUAACAAGCAGACUUCGAUCCAUGUCAAUGGAACUCGUCACUAAAAGCAAGAAAAGAGAAAACAAGCCCUGAAGACGACGUUACAGAGAAUCGAAGAAACGGGUUUUUAGUUCACAUUCUUUCAUAUAUUUAUCUCAUUCUGUACAAAAAAAAAACAUAUAUGUAAAUCUCGAAAUUUGUCAUGUAAAUGUUAUUGUGUCCAAAACAUAAGGGGGAUGGAGAAAGAGAGUUUGCAAGUGAAAAAGAAGAGACAAUAAACUCAGUUUUGUUUUA